GGAAGGAAGCGGACCGCAAGGCAGGGAAGUGGGGAGGAGCCUUGGGGAGGAAUCACAGAGUGGGGGGAGAUGAGCCCCCAGAAUAGAUCCAUCCUCCAAUCCAGGUUCCAAGAGGAACUAAAAGAUGGUGAAAGAACUAAAAGAGGGCUACGAGUGAUGAGAGUCUCUGCCUGAUCUGCUCUGUUUCUUUUGGGUGGGAAAGGAACUCUUGGGGCCCCACCUCCUCCCUCCAAGGGCUCUGAUAAACUUUGUGACCUUUUGCAAGGCUUGGUCCCCAGUCCCCACCCACAAACACCAGGCAUUAGAGAGCAUCACAAGGAAAUUGGCAGCAGACCAAAGCAAUCUUUUGUCCCUAUUGGAGGCUGCACUGGAGCAUAGACUGAAGAUGGAGGAGCAAGUCUCAGCUGGCUAUGAAGAAGGAAAAGCUCCUGACGCCUUCUGGAAUGGGAGCAGUGGGGGAUUCUGGGAAAGGAACACACAGAAAGUCCUGGGUGGAAACAUCACCAGCUUGGAUGCUCCGUGCCAAAGAUUCAGACAGUUCCACUACCAGGCGGCCAAGGAACCACGAGAGAUUUGCAACCGAAUCCACAGACUUUGCCGUCAGUGGCUGAAGCCAGAAAAGCACACAAAAGCUCAAAUCCUGGAUUUGGUGAUCCUGGAGCAGUUCCUGGCUGUCCUCCCCCCAGAGAUGGAGAGCUGGGUCAGAGAGUGCAGAGCAGAGACCAGUUCUCAGGCAGUGGCCCUGGCAGAAGGUUUCCUCCUGAGCCAGGCAGAGGCCAAGAGGCAGAAGGAGCAGCAGAGUUGGAGUCCAUCAAAAGGAGAUCUUGAUUUCUUUAAAACGGAGAAUGCUCCAUCGGAUCCCAGAGAGAGGCUACCUUCCAGGUGGAUCAUGAAGGGGUGUGAAGGAGGUGCCACCUUGCUGGGGGGUGAAAUUACACUGGAACCUCAGUCCAGGCCUUCUCCUCUUGGUGGUGGUGGAGCGGAGACAGCCUCUGUGCACCCGGACCAGGGUCUGGUGACCUUGGAGGAGGUGGCUGUGAAUUUCUCAGAGAAGGAGUGGGCUCUGCUGGAUCCAAGCCAAAGGGCUCUGCACACAGAAGUCAUGGAGGCAACCUGGGGUCAUCUGGCCUCUCUGGCAGGUGAUGGAGGGGAGAACAAGAAACUACUGAGCAGGAAAGCAGAAGCAAAAUAUCUGAUGGAGAAGAAAUCUAUUCCUUCUGAAUGCUCUGACUUAAAUGAAAUUCCAGUUGAUGGGAAAGAUUGUGAAAGCAACAGAAGGAACAAAUACCCUCAACAUGCAAAAUUCUUAUCCAGCAACUCAAGACUUAAAAGACAUCAAAAAAUUCAGAUAGGGAGGAAAACAUAUGAAUGCUCAGACUGUGGAAAGUGCUUCAGCUACAGGUCAGAUCUUGCUCGCCAUCAAAGAAUCCACACAGGAGAGAAACCAUAUCAAUGCUUGUUGUGUGGAAAGAGCUUCCGCCAGAAAGCAAAGCUUACUUGUCAUCAAGGAAUCCACACAGGGGAGAAGACAUAUCAAUGCUCAGAUUGUGGAAAGAGCUUCAGCUACAGGUCAGAUCUUACUCGCCAUCAAAGAAUCCACACAGGAGAGAAACCAUAUCAAUGCUUGUUGUGUGGAAAGAGCUUCCGCCAGAAAGCAAAGCUUACUUGUCAUCAACGAAUCCACACAGGGGAGAAGCCAUAUCAAUGCUCAGAUUGUGGAAAGAGCUUCCGCCAGAACUCAAAGCUUACUUGUCAUCAAAGAAUCCACACAGGGGAGAAGCCAUAUCAAUGCUUUGUCUGUGGGAAAAGUUUCAGCAAGGACUCACACCUUACUUACCAUCAGAGAAUCCACACAGGAGAGAAGCCAUAUCAAUGCUUUGUCUGUGGGAAACGUCUCAGCAGGAACUCACACCUUACUUCCCAUCAAAGAAUCCACACAGGGGAGAAACCAUAUCAAUGCUCUCUCUGUAGGAAAAGCUUCAGGCAUAACACAAACCUUGUUCGCCAUCAAAGAAUCCACACAGGGGGAGAAACCUAUUUCUUCUGUCUCAUGAGCAAAACCAAAAUAAAAAUGGAAGAGGAAGACUCAGCUGGCCCUGAAGUAGGAAGAGGCCCCUUUGCCAUCCAAGCUGGUAGCAGUGAGGAAUUCUGGGAAAGAACCAUGCGAAAGGUGCUGGGUGAGGACAGCACCCGACCAGAUGUACCGUGCCAGCACUUCAGGCAGUUCUGCUACCGGGAGGCCAAGGGCCCCCGAGAGGUUUACAGCCGACUCCACAGCCUUUGCCAUCAGUGGCUGAAGCCAGAAAGGCACACAAAGAUGCAGAUCCUGGACCUGGUGAUCCUGGAGCAGUUCCUGACCAUCCUGCCCCCGGAGAUGGUGAGCUGGAUCAGAGAAUGUGGAGCAGAGACCAGUUCCCAGGCGGUGGCCCUGGCGGAAGGUUUCCUCCUGAGCCAGGCAGAAGAGAAGCGGCAGGAGGAGCAGCAGGGUCGGAGGCCAUCAAAAGUGGAUCCUGAUAUCUCUAAGGCAGAGAAGGCUCCAUCAAAUCCCAGCAAGAGGCCACUCUUUAGGUGGAUCGUGCGGGAGAAUGAAGGAGGUGCCACCUUGCCGGGUGGUGAAAUCACACUGGCUCUUCAUUCUGGACAUUUUCCUCUUCAUGAAGGAGAAGAGACAGCCUCCAAGCACCUGGACCAGGGUCUGCUGAAUUUUGAGGAGGUGGCUGUGAAUUUCUCGGAGGAGGAGUGGGCUCUGCUGGAUCCAGACCAAAGGGCUCUGCACAGGGAAGUCAUGGAGGCAACCUGGGGGCAUCUGGCCUCUCUGGGUAAUGAAGGGGAGAGCGAGACUGAGGGUGAACUGCAGAGCAAGAAAACAAAAGCAAAAUAUCUGUUGGAAAACAAAUCUACUCCUUCUGAAUGGUCUGACUUCUAUGAAAUCCCAGUCCAAAGAAAGGAUUGGAAAAGAAACAUGUGCGACAAAUUUCCUCAAUAUGCCAAAAUUUUAUCCAGCAAUUUAAGUUUUAGCAGACAUCAAAAUAUUCACACAGGUGAGAAAAACUAUGAAUGCAGAAAGAGGAUCAAGCGGAGCUCACACCUGACUUCCCAUCAAAAAAUCUACACAGGGGAGAAACCAUAUAAAUGUUCAGUGUGUGGAAAGAGCUUCCGCAUGAACUCACACCUUACUUGCCAUCGAAGAAUCCACACUGGGGAGAAACCAUAUCAUUGUUUGGUGUGUAGGAAGAAUUUCAGUCAGAAGUCAGAUCUUACUUGCCAUCAAAGAAUCCACACAGGGGAGAAACCAUAUCAGUGCUUGGAGUGUGGAAAGAGCUUUAGUCAGAGGACAAGCUUUAAUUAUCAUAAAAGAAUCCACACAGGGGAGAAGCCAUAUCAUUGUUCAGUGUGUAGAAAGAACUUCAGCCAGAAGUCAGAGCUUACUUCCCAUCAAAGAAUUCACACAGGGGAGAGGCCAUAUCAGUGCUUAGUGUGUGGAAAGAGCUUCAGCCAGAGGACAAGCUUUAAAUAUCAUAGAAGAAUCCACACUGGGCAGAAGCCAUAUCAAUGCUCAGUUUGUGGAAAGAAUUUCCACCAGAACUCAAACCUUACUUCCCAUCAGAAAAUCCACACAGCAGAUAAACCAUAUCAAUGUCUGGUGUGUGGAAAGAAUUUCCACCAGAACUCAAAGCUUACUUCCCAUCAAAGAAAUCACACAGGGGAGAAACCAUAUCAGUGCUUGGUAUGUGGAAAGAGGUUCAUCCAGAAAUCAUACCUUACUUCCCAUCAAAGAAUCCACACAGAGGAAAAGUCUUAUCAAUGUUCUGUGUGUGGAAAGAAGUUCCGCAAGAACUCACACCUUACUUGCCAUCAAAGAAUUCACACAGGGGAGAAACCAUAUCAUUGCUCUGUGUGUGGGAAGAACUUCAGCCAGAAUUCAAAUCUUGCUUCCCAUCAAAGAAAGCACAGAGGAGAGAAGCCAUACCAGUGUUCAGUGUGUGGGAAGAAAUUCAGCCAGAACUCAGACCUUACCUGCCAUCAAAGAGUCCACACAGGGGAGAAGCCAUAUCAGUGCUUGGUGUGCAGAAAGAGCUUUGGCCAGAAAUCACAGCUUACUUGCCAUCAGAGAAUACACACAGGGGAGAAACCAUAUAAAUGUUCUGUGUGUGGAAAGAGCUUCAGCCAGAGGACAAGCUUGAAUUACCAUAAAAGAAUACACACAGGGGAGAAACCAUAUCAAUGUCCAGUAUGUGAAAAGAGUUUCUGUCAGAAGUCAGAGCUUACUUCCCAUCAAAGAAUCCACACAGGGGAGAGGCCAUAUCAGUGCUUGGUAUGUGGAAAGAGCUUCAGCCAGAGGACAAGCUUUAGUUAUCAUAAAAGAAUCCACACAGGGCAGAAGCCAUAUCAGUGUCUGGUGUGUGGAAAGAGCUUCAGCAAGAAUGCAAACCUUACUUCCCAUCAAAGAAUACACACUGGGGAGAAACCAUAUGAGUGCCUGGUGUGUGGAAAGAAAUUCAGACAAAAAUCAAAGCUUACUUCCCAUCAAAGAAUCCACAAAGGGGAGAAACCAUAUCCUGGGCUGGGGAAUGAUGACCGUCAUUCGUGGAACCUUUUCAUCGGAAACUUUGUGCUAGUGUUUUUCAAGAUAAUGAAGACGGAAGACUCAGCUGGCCCUGAAGCAGGAAGGGAUCCUCUUGCCAUCCAGGGUGAGAGCAGUGAGGAAUUCCAGGAAAGAACCAUGCAGAAGGUUCUGGGUGAGGACACCAUCAGAUCGGAUGUGCAGUGCCAGCACUUCAGGGAGUUCUGCUACCAGGAGGCCGAGGGGCCCCGAGAGGUUUGCAGCCGACUCCACACCCGUUGCCAUCAGUGGCUGAAGCCCGAAAAGCACACCAAAGCUCAGAUGCUGGACCUGGUGAUCCUGGAGCAGUUCCUGACUGUCCUGCCCCCGGAGAUGGAGAGCUGGGUCAGAGAGUGCGGAGCGGAGACCAGUUCCCAGGCAGUGGCCCUGGCAGAGGGAUUCCUCCUGAGCCAGGCAGAAGAGAAGAGGCAGGAGGAGGAGCAGGGCCAGAGGACGUCAGAAGUGGAUCCUGAGUUCUCCAAAGCAGAGAAGGCUCCAUUUAUUGAAGGAGGUGCCACCUUGCUGGGGGCUGAAAUCACGCUGGACCCUCUGUUCAGGCCUCCUCUUCUUUAUGGAGGAGCGGAGACAGCCUCUGUGCCCUCGGAUCAGGAUCCGGUGACCUUGGAGGAGGUGGCUGUGAAUUUCUCGGAGGAGGAGUGGGCUCUGCUUGAUCCAAGCCAAAGGGCUCUGCACACAGAAAUCAUGCAGGCAACCUGUGGGAAUAUGGCCUCUCUGGGUGAUAGAGGGGAGAGCGAGAAAGAGGGCGAAGUACAGAAUAGGAAAAUAGAAGCAAAAAGUUUGAGGGAGAAGGAAUCUACUUCUUCUGAAUGGUCUGACAUAAAUGAAGUUCCAGUUGAAGGGAAGGAUUGCAAAAGAAACAGAAGGAACAAAUGCCCUCAAUAUGCAGAAAUCUUAUCCAGCAAUUCAAGCCUUAGCAGACAUCAAGAAAUUCACAUAGAUGGGGGAAACAAUAAAUGUGGAAAGAGGUUCAAACAGAGCUCACACCUUACUUCCCAUCAAAGAAUCCACAUAGAGGAGACAUACCAGUGCUCAAUGUGUGGAAAAAGUUUCCGCAGGCUCUCAUACCUUACUUUGCAUCAAAGAAUCCACACAGGGGAGAAGCCAUAUCAAUGCUCAGUAUGUGGAAAGAACUUCAUCCAGAAGUCAGAACUUACUUCCCAUCAAAGAAUCCACACAGGGGAGAAGCCAUAUCAGUGCUUGAUGUGUGGAAGGAGUUUCCGCCACUUGACAAACUUUAAUUUUCAUAAAAGAAUCCACACAGGGGAGAAACCAUAUCAGUGCCCAGUGUGUGGAAAGGAAUUCAGCAAGAAUUCAAACCUUAUUUGCCAUCAAAGAAUUCACACAGGGGAGAAGCCAUAUCAGUGCUUAGUAUGUGGAAAGAGCUUUGGCCAGUGGGCAAGCUUUGAUUAUCAUAAAAGAAUCCACACAGGGGAGAAGCCAUACGAAUGCCCCGUGUGUGGAAAGAAAUUUACUAAGGAUUCAAGCCUUACUUCCCAUCAGAGAAUCCAUACAGGGGAGAAACCAUAUCAGUGCCCAGUGUGUGGAAAGAACUUCAGCAAGAAUGCAAACCUUACUUCCCAUCAAAGAAUCCACACAGGGGAGAAACCAUAUCACUGUCCAGUAUGUGAAAAGAACUUCUGUCAGAAGUCAGAGCUUACUUCCCAUCAAAGAAUCCACACAGGGGAGAGGCCAUAUCAGUGCUUAGUGUGUGGAAAGAGCUUCGGCCAGAGAACAAGCUUUAAUUAUCAUAAAAGAAUCCACACAGGGGAGAAACCAUAUCAAUGCCUGUUGUGUGAAAAGAAAUUCAGCCAGAACUCACAUCUUGUUAGACAUCAAAUAAUCUGCACAGGGGAGAAACUGUAUCAAUGCCAGGUGUGUGGAAAGAACUUCAGCAAGAAUGCAAACCUUAUUUCCCAUCUAAGAAUUCACACAGGAGAAGAAUCAUAUCAGCGUUCAGUGUGUGGGAAGUUUCAGGUCUAGCUCAAAUAUAGAUGUCUUUCUGAUGUUGCUCACUGUGACCCAUCAUCAGCCACUGCAGAGGCAAGUAGCUGAGAAAGAGCAGAGCAAGAGAAAAGUGCCUGAAGGUUUAAGCCUCCAUCAGCCAGUCCAAUCAAGCUGAAACCUGGAGAUGCUGAGGAAGAUGACUUGAACACAAACUUAAGAGCCCCAGCUGGAAAGGCAGGGCUGCUGGAGGGAGGAGUUGCUUCCCAAUUUCCCUGGUCCUACAUUAUAUGAGGAAGAGAGAGGAGAUGUAGUCCCACUCCUCACAGAGUAAAGCUGGAAGAGGCCUGCAAGCAUCCUGGACUGCCCUUCACCGGCGACCCCAAGCGAUGAGAGGGUGCUCCCCAUGAAGGCAACAUGGAGCACCUGGCAGGCCUAUGCCUAAUGUGAGGCAGCAGACGAGUGGGGCUGAAAAUAAAAAGAAAGAAAGACCCCAGCAAACAAGGAGAGUAGCAGAGCCCAGGCAGAGAAGGGAUCUAGCUUGAUGUACACAUCUAAAUAAAAGAGACAAAUUAACUGCGGUUUGGUAGUGUCUGUUUCCUUUGGGUGCUCAUGUUUCCAACCAAUAGUCCUGGACCCUUUGAUGAUUUCUCAUUACCGCCUCUUGGGAGGAGGCUGCAUUCACCAUCUAGUGUUCUCGGUCCCUCAAACGUAAGGAUUAGGAAAGGAAUUAACAACAACAAGGGGGUUAAUAAUAUAUCUGAGCUAGAAGAACUAACAGAUCCGAGAAAAAGAAGCAGCAUACAGGGUGUACGUGAUAGCAAAUUUUGUAUUAAGUGAGGAUUGGAAUGCUGAUGUGUUUCUUUAAGUUAUGAUUUCUGUGCAGUCAUGAGAAAUUUUAGGGUAAAUAAGAAUAUUCAAAUGUGUGUCAGGUUGCAUUUUAGCACCCUACCGGCCUUAUUUUACAAGCCAUUUGUUAUCAAUUCAAUUCUGAUGCCUUGCUUUAUCUAUGUGUUAUGUUUAUAUAUGAUGAACUGGAAACUAAAUAAACUAGUAUCAUUGUAGAA